UUAUCUCCUGAGAGAAAUUGGUUGCCUGAAAAGCAAUCAAAAGAAGCACGGGAAAGUAAGCCCAGGUGUGAAAACAAAACGGGAGGAAAUGACUACAUCUGAGGGAGAAAAUCAAGAUCAAGAUAAGAAAAGUAAAGAUGUUCCAUCCACUUCUAAUCAGGAAAAUGAGAAUGGCAGUGGUUUUGAAGAAGUGUGCUACACUAUCAUUAAUCACAUACCCAAUCGGACACCCUCCCUGAGCUCCAACGAUGAUGGUUAUGAGAACGUUGCAAAGAGAGUGACAUCGUUAAGAGAAGGGUCAGAAACAGAAUACGCCCUUCUCAGGAAAUCUUGCAUUGCUAGGUCUUCUACUGGUACCCCUGAACAUGACCAUGAUUAUGAACUUGUGCUUCCUCAGUAGAAUGCUCAUGCCUCAUCUUCUUCCAGCCAUAAAGAUGACAGAAUAGUGGCCUCCAGGGGAGUCUUUCUCUUUCAGCAGUUCAUGAAACAUUCGUUUCUGGCUAGAUGUUAGAAAUGAUAUCCUUUCAUUAUAGUACCUUGAGAAACUUUGAAAUAUGUCACCCCUGUGGUUUGGGUAAAGCCAUAUAAAUUGAUAUAAUGACAUAGAGUAUUUGACUUCUUUUUGUUUGUAAGGUUUGAGGACAUGGAGAUGGGGGUGGGGGGAACCUCCCUAAGACAACAAACAUCUACAGGUAUGUGACUUAGAAUAUCCAAUUCCAAUCCUACUUUCCAAAUUUCAAAUGCCAGCAUUCACACUCCUAAUUAUCUAUUUCAUGUUUUGAGGUGUAAUCUACUCAAUAAACUCUGAAAAUGUAAAACUGGUGACCAGACCCUUUGCAAAUCAAAUAUUUAUUUCAAUUUUGCAUUUUCCAUAUACUGGAGAUUCUUGCAUGUAAACUUGCGGUAGCAGUUUAGGAAUUUAUAGU